AUGGCACCAGCAGCCGUCUUCGAGACGCCCAACGUCAACGAGAACUUCAACGACCACAAGGAUGGGCUCGCACUUGAGGCGACCUCAGAUGCCAUCGAUGAAGUGAACGUUCUCAAGGCUGCCAUGCGGGUAAAGAACGGCACCGCUACUCAAGAAGAAGCCGACAUCUACGAGAAGUCGCAAUUUGACUCAGAGAAAGACAAGACCCAAUUCCGACAAUACGAGGAUGCGUGCGACCGUGUCAAGAACUUCUACAAGGAGCAACACACCAAGCAGACCGUCGCCUACAACCUCAAGGCACGCAACGACUUCCGCUCCAAGACUCGUGCCCAGAUGACCAUCUGGCAAGCAAUGGAGAAGCUGAACACCCUCAUCGACGAGUCAGACCCAGACACCUCGCUCAGCCAGAUUGAACAUCUCCUCCAAUCUGCUGAGGCUAUCCGCCGUGACGGCAAGCCCAAGUGGUUCCAGCUGACCGGCCUCAUCCACGACCUAGGCAAGCUGCUCUUCUUCUACGACGCCCGUGGCCAGUGGGACGUCGUCGGCGACACCUUCCCAGUAGGCUGCCGCUUCGACGAGUCCAUCAUCUACCCAGGAACCUUUGACGACAACCCAGACAGCAAGGACCCAAUCUACAGCACCAAGGAAGGCAUCUACACCCCAGGCUGCGGCAUGGACAACGUCAUGCUCAGCUGGGGCCACGAUGAGUACCUCUACCACAUCUGCAAGGAGCAGAGCACUCUCCCCGACGAGGCUCUCGCCAUGAUCCGUUACCACUCCUUCUACCCCUGGCACAGCGCUGGUGGGUACCGAUGGAUGAUGGACGAGAAGGAUGAGAAGAUGUUUGCUGCUGUUAAGGCGUUCAACCCUUAUGACCUGUACAGCAAGAGCGACGGUAUCCCAGAUGUUGAGGAGCUCAAGAAGUACUACAUGGAGCUCAUCAACACUUACUUCCCACCAAGGGAGGGUGAGACUGAGCGUGUCAUCCAGUGGUAG